AUGCACCCUUCGGUGACAUCAUCCACCACGGUCGUUGCCUGUAUGAGAAAGCCAUCCACUAUGCUACCCAUCAGAAGUCUUCGCCUGUUUUCCUCCUGUGGGAACGUUCACCGAUCCUCGAAGCGUGACAUGCAGACGGCGACCGCAUAUCGCCCGCACACUUUGCCAUCAUCCUUUCCCCCGCCUCGGAACACCGGGGUUCCCGACACCUCGAUCGCAGCCGAUUUCCCUUCCGCACUUUUCCCAACAACGCCUGGGAACCAAGAUACGUCAUCGAAUGUCAGCUAUAGGGAGAAUGAGGCUCAGAAGACAGAGCCUGUGGAAUCCACGCGGUCGACCGCCACCAAGUCUGCGGAAAAGCCCCGACGGAAACUCCGUCCUAGGAAAGCUGCCAUGAAGUUGACCCCGCUGGCGAUCGAGCAACUUCGCAAACUGGUCGCUCAGCCAGAUCCGAAGUUUAUUCGUGUUGGUGUGAAAAACCGUGGCUGCUCUGGUCUUGCCUACCACCUGGAAUAUGUUGAAAAGCCAGGGGCGUUCGAUGAAGUCGUGGAACAGGAUGGCGUAAAAGUCUUGAUCGAUAGCAAGGCAUUGUUCAGUAUUAUUGGCAGCGAAAUGGACUGGCAGGAAGAUAAGCUGAGCAAGAGAUUUGUUUUCCGGAACCCCAAUAUCAAGGAACAAUGUGGGUGCGGCGAAUCCUUCAUGGUUUAA